UACACUUCGUUCGCUGCUCCAUUGUUAUUUACGUAAGUCGAUUUAUUUCCUAACGGUUUUAGCGUUUUAGCAUGGGAAAACACAAAAAACAUCGACACCGUUCUUCGAGUAGUGAUAGAUAUAGUGACGAUAAUCUUAAAGUCACUGAAAAUUUGCAAAAACGGCUAGCCACGCUGGAAUCGUUGUAUUCUAAAUAUAAACGACGUCGUCGAUCUCGCUCGCGCUCCCGUGCGGGGCGCGGAGAUUGGUCGCCUGCUAGUCGCCACGCGCGAUCUUCGUCUCUUAUUUCGACUUCCUCUCGGCAACGUCGGCGUAAUUCGAUUACGUCUUUACCUGGUACAGAGGACGAUAAUUUAAGUGUAGUUCAAGGUCCGUGCGACUUGACAAACACAAUAGAUAGUGUCGCCCAUAGCCCGCGCGGCAUGGUUUCACCAUCUGAAGUAGAAUUGGAAAUUCACACUGACGCGCAAUUAACAGAUGAAGUUCUCAAUAUUUUGGGGGAUGAUCCUUCCGUUAAAGACAGUGAAGUCGUAAAGGUACAUUCCGCGUUGGCGAACCGCUGGUCGAAUAUUAUCUCUAAAGGCAUGUCGGAAGCUGAAAUCAGUAGCAUUUCACAAAAAUACAAAAUACCGAUAAAUUGCUCCUUACUCAUACCACCAGUUCUUAAUCCGGAAUCAAAAGCCCUUAUUCCGGUUAACAUUAAGAAAAAAGAUGAUGCCUAUGUUCAGUUUCAAUCGAAACUAGGCAUAGGGUUGGCAGCGUUGAGUAAGAGUCUAAACGGACUUUUAAAUGAGUCUGAAAAUAUGACGCCUUUGUGCAAGGAACUUUUACUUCCUAGCUUAUCUGAUGCGGGCCGUCUUUUAGCCAGUUUAUAUUACGACUUAUCACUAGCUCGACGCAGCUUUAUUUAUCCUUAUAUGAAUAAGGAGACCAAAGAAUUACUCGAAACGUGUCUUCCCACGGACCUUCUUUUUGGGCCAAAUAUAUGCGACAAGAUCAAAGCAGCCAAAACCGUUCAAACUGCCAGCAAUGAUAUGAAACCAAUUGCUUCCACUUCCGGGUUUAAACCGCCGGCCUUGGCAGCCAACAAUAAAGAUAAAAAAGAAGGGAAGGGAACAAGUAACUUUCGACGCUUUCAGAAUUUAAACAGAUUUCGCCCGUCCCGUCAACAGAGGGAGAGGGGACAUUACAAAGGGCGAACCUCCAAACCCUACAACAUAAAGGAGAGGUACAGAAAGGACAAGUAACUGAGCCAAGAAACACAUCCUUUAGCAAGUACGCUUACCUUGGCAGCCGCGAAACUGUCCGGGAGGCGUUGAAACUCCAACAAGUUCCUAUUUCCGCUAUUGAAACAACGUUAUCUUCAAUCUCGGAGGUCACACUUAAACAAUACGGCGUUACCUACAAACUUUGGUGGGAGCAUUGCUCUGGCCACAAAAUUGACGUUUUUAAAGCGACCGUAAUAGACGUUAUCGUCUUUUUACAAUCGUUAUUAGAAAGCACUAAUAACAACUAUGGAACAUUUAAUUCUCAUAGAGCAGCGCUUUCUUUGAUUUUACCAAAUAAAUUAGGGGAUGAUCCUAUGUUGAGACGGUUUAUGAAAGGCAUAUCAAAAAUAAGGCCCCAGAAGCCACGUUACAAUUCAACUUGGGAUCCAAAAACAGUAUUUGAUUAUUUUGAUAAAAACCCCACAAAUUCACUAAAAUUGCUAUCAUACAAAUUGGUUACUCUUUUAGUGUUAGCUACUGGGCAAAGAAUACAAACCAUCAGUUUAAUAAGGCUUUCUAAUAUUAAACCAAUUAACGAGGGGAUUCAAAUUUGGAUAGAAGACAGAAUAAAAACAACUGCUACUAACGUAAAGCAACCUUGUCUUUACCUCCCCAAAUUUCAUGACAUGCCUAAAUUAUGCGUUGUAUCUUGUUUACAAGAUUAUAUGGAAAGAACCGCGACUUUAAGGGAGGAAAAUAAUGAUUACUUAUUUAUCACUUUUCAGAAGCCUCAUAGGAAAGCUUCUAAACAAACCUUGAGUCGUUGGGUAAAGUGCACUUUGUGCUUAUCUGGGAUUGAUACGAGCAUCUUUACACCACAUUCUAGCAGACAUGCUUCCACUUCAGCGGCAAGUAGAGCCGGCGUGUCGCUGGACAUAAUAAAAGACUCAGCGGGGUGGAGCGAAAAUUCGCUUACCUUUGCGAAAUUUUACAAUAGACCUGUUUUAGAACGAAAUCUUUUUGCUCUAAGUAUUUUUACCAAAUAAUGCGUUCAUAUACUUAAUAUUACGUGUAACAAUUACCGUUAUUAUUAUAAUAAGUCUUCUAUUAGAAACUUUUAUUAUGUCUAAUUCAUAACCUUCUUUAAACAUCCUACGUGGUAAUAUAAUUAACAUCUUUGGACUGCCUGACGAAAUAUAAUUUUACGAUCAAAUGAACUUACCUGAAGUUCGAUCGAAAUUAUAUGAGUCGGCCAGUCCAAAGAUGUUAAUCGCCCACCCAACCUCACCCGCCGGUUAUGAAUUGGGUGAGUCUUUUGAACAUAAUGAGACCAGUUUAGUAUACUUCGGCGGUGAUGGACGGGUGGGGAGUGGGAGAAUUGUUCUUUAAAAGCUUGUGGCAGUAGUACAACUAAGCGGACUACGUGGUAAUAUAAUUAACAUCUUUGGACUGGCCGACUCAUAUAAUUUCGAUCGAACUUCAGGUAAGUUCAUUUGAUCGUAAA